AUCAUCCUCCCGCCGAUCCACGCGCCCCCGAAUUCAUCUCACCAAACUGGCGAUUCCAUCCCCUUACCUAUAUUGAUUUAUCCGGAAGUACUGGUAUUGAGACUAUGGAACAAACUCAACAAGGCUCUGGACAACAGCAGGGCAGGCAACAGCCUGUGUAUGACACUAGGAAUGGUGGACACUACGGUGCCAGCGCGGCGCUCUCCGCACAAGGGUAUGCACCCGUUGCCGAGCUUUAUACCGGAACAUGGGCCAAUGGCUUACAAGGGACUGCCCGAGAUAUCUUGACGACGUACUGGCAACACGUUAUCAACCACCUCGAAUCCGACAACCAUGACUAUAAAAUCCAUCAAUUACCGCUGGCUCGGAUAAAGAAGGUUAUGAAAGCCGAUCCUGAAGUUAAGAUGAUUUCAGCUGAGGCGCCAAUCCUGUUCGCAAAGGGGUGUGAUGUGUUCAUCACUGAACUGACUAUGCGAGCUUGGAUCCACGCCGAAGACAACAAGCGGCGUACUUUGCAACGAUCAGAUAUUGCGGCGGCCUUGUCCAAGUCCGACAUGUUCGAUUUUCUCAUCGAUAUAGUACCACGUGAAGAAGCUACCUCGCAUGCGAAGCGAUCUAGCCAGACAGCAGGUGCUCCAGCCGGACCCUCGGGCCCAGCCGGCGCUCCUGGCCAGUUGCCUCCAUCUCAACAUGGAGUCCAGCACCAUCCACAUCACAUGGGGCCACCGGAUUACGGUUCUUUAGGCCAACAUCCUCUUCAGGACCAGGAAUACAGACAGCAAGCUAUAUACGGACAAGCUGUGCAGCCGGACCCAACAGCUGCAUAUGCUCAACCUCAGUCUCAGAUGUUUGAGGGAAUGUAUACCGCAUAUCCCCAUUUACCCCCACAACAGUGAAAAAAUAUCAUGGAUUUUCAGUACCCUUUGCCUGAGAGCUGUCCGCUCGGUUGACAUUUUUAGUAUCAAUAUCGGGUUUCGAGGUUUUAAUGAAUGUGGGCGCCGAGGGAAUGGAUGUUACUAGUUUUGUUAUUGAUCUUUGAGUUUAUAUUCGAACAU